UCCAGCUUAUUUCUAUAGGGAGAAUAUGCCACACCUUGAUAGCUUGGGAACCUUUCCCCAUCGCUCGCUCAGGACGCCGCCCCGGCUUCCUCCUUUGCCUCCCUCGGUCGCUACCCCGUGGUUCUCUCCUCACUCUAGCUCUGGGGACACUACGAGGAUCCGCACAGAGAGAACCAAUGGCAUAAGGAUCCACACGGGGAGGACCAACGGCAUGAGGAUCCGCACGGGGAGGACCAACGAUGCGAGGAUCCACACGGGGAGGACCAACUACACAAGGAUCGUUGGGGGCUGCAGCUGGGGGAGCUUCUUCCGAAGGGGGCUAUUUCGUUCACUUUGGAUCCUUGACAUUUUGUAGACAGUUUGAGCUAUUUGUAUGAUGGUACUCUGAGC